AUGACAACUACUGUAACUGGCAAGGACCCAGGGGAGACCAUUCAGAAGUGGACUGCUGAGCUGAGACAUGAGAAAAGGUUUAGAUGUACCUUCCAGGUUGAGGAUGCUGAUGCACGUAACGUCACGACCACUCAAACACUCAUCACUGACCUUCUGUCUGGGAACCAUGUUGAUGAAGAGAUCCAGGUUGACCGCAGAGAUGUCCACGUUUCACAUAUAGAUCCUGGGAGCUGCCAUAAGGACACCCAUGAGAGUUUCUGGGGCGUGUAUAAAUGGCCAAUCACAGAGGUCCAGAUGACAAAAACUAUGAUCUGUGAGAAGAACCAUGGAUCAAGGGCUUCCAGGAAAUGUGAGUUAGAUGGAGUGACUGAGAAAGCCAAAUGGGCUAAGCCAAACCUGAAGGCAUGCAAGCCGGUAAUCACCAUCUCUGAACUGGAUAAAGUCACCGUCACAGCAAACAACUCAGCAGAUGUGGUGGACAUGAUUAAGAACCUCCUGGGUGAUGAGGGGGACCUGAGUGACUCUCAGGUGGCCACCGUGGUCCAGAAGCUGGAUGAGGUUCUGUGGGUCAGCACAGUGACCCCUCAGCUCGGUGGGGAUAUUGUCAACAUCAUCGCUGACAUCCUAGUGUCCAAUUCUGACCUGUCAGCGGUCGCCAACGAAAUUCUGGGUAUCACAGACAGCAUUGGGGACCAGAUGGAUUUCCCUGAGGAGUCACUAAAUGUGACCGUCCCUUCCCUGGCCCUCUCAUUGAUCAACGUAGAUCCCGAGCAGUUCCAGGGCCUCACGUUUGGUGUCUCCUCGUUUUCGACUGGCCUUGAUCCAGAGACCUUUGUCAACCAGACAUUCCUGAGGCGGCCUUGUGAUGGCACAGUCGCGUCCAUCUCCCUUCCGCAGUCCCUUCACAACUUCUUCCCCCAGGGAAACAAAAAAAAGAGAGUUCAGUUCCACUUCUAUGGCAUACAGGAGCUUUUCAAGGAAACUAUGAAGGAUGGUUUACUUAUUUCGAAGGAAAGCUUGCAGCAAAUGUACAGUAGUUCAGUGUUAAAGUUUUAUGAUCAUUCACAGGACCCAGCAAUCAACUGGACGCUGAAUAGUUAUGUGGUGUCUGCCAGUGUCAACAACAGCAAUGUCAGCAACCUCAGGGAUCCCGUGGUGGUGACACUUCGUCACCUCAAGCCUAAAGAGAAAAACGACAAGGUGGAGUGUGUAUACUGGGACUUCCAGAAGAACGAUGGGAGCGGUGGAUGGGACAGCAGCGGCUGUGAGACACUUCCAACCACCUCCGCUUAUCAGACCACCUGCCAAUGCUACCACCUGACCCAUUUCGGCGUGCUCCUGGAUGUGUCCAGGACUCCUAUCAGUGAGGCUGACCAGGAGAUCCUGACGGUCAUCUCUUACCUGGGCUGUGGUGUGUCCUCCAUCUUCCUGGGCAUCAGCCUACUCACCUACGUGGUCUUUGAGAAGCUGCGUAGCGACUACCCAUCUAAGAUCCUCAUCAACCUUUCUGUGGCUCUGCUGGGCCUGAACCUAGUCUUCCUGCUGGACUCCUGGCUGUCCUCCUUCGGCAGCUACGGUCUCUGCAUCAGCACGGCAGCCACGCUGCACUACUUCCUGUUAGCCUCAUUCACCUGGAUGGGCCUGGAGGCCGUCCACAUGUACUUCGCUCUGGUCAAGGUCUUCAACGUCUAUGUCCCCUUCUACAUCCACAAGUUCUGCGCCCUCGGCUGGGGCAUUCCUCUGGUGAUUGUCUGCCUGGUCCUGGCCAUAGAGAAGGAGGCCUAUGGCAGUGUUCUAUCUGAGGCCUCGCUUGACUCUCUACAGGGCUCUGAGCCAUUCUGUUGGAUACAGAGUAAUGUUUUCUUCUACGUCACGGUCGUGUCGUUUGUGCUGCUGGUCCUGGUUUUUAACGUGGUCGUGUUCAUUGUUGUUCUGGUCCAAAUUCGCCACAUGCAGACCAAUAAGCCUGCAACAACAGGAAACAAGCACUGUGCCAUGCAUGAUUUGAGAGCGGUGGCCAGUCUCACCUUCCUAUUGGGUCUCACCUGGCCAAUAGCCUUCUUUACCUGGGGACCAGCCAGGGUCCCUAUGCUCUACCUCUUCUCUGUCCUCAACAGUCUGCAAGGGUUCUUUAUCUUUGUCUUCCACUGCCUGAUUAAAGAGAAUGUGAGGAAGCAGUGGAGGAUCCAUCUGUGCUGUGGCCGAUUCAGGCUCAAUGACUACUCAGAUUGGAGCCGCUCCAUGACGAUGGGCAGCAAGACCAAGCAGAACCAGCUGGUGCACCGCUCUCCAUCUGUCAAGUCUGUCAACACCUCCUCUAGGAAGAUCUCCGAUGACUCCACUACAGCUAGCUGUAGCUCUGGCACACCCUACCAACAGGGGGCCUAGACUACUGUAGCUCCACCAUGGGGCCGAGUCAAGUGCCACCAGGGAAUCUAGCCUAGCUCCACCAGGGGGCCUAGUCUAGCUCCACCAGGGGGCCUAGUCUAGCUCCACUAGAUGGACUAACGUGGCUCACAGCACAGGGACACUGAACUUUACACAACAUGUGCUAUAACAUCCUUCACCUGAAACAAUGGGAAAAGCUUGAGCUCAGGACAUCAUAACAGACACCUGAGUUCAGUCCAUUCUGAAUUACACUGUCGUAUGUCUCUCUGCAGUGCAGUCUCAACUUCCUCAGGAGAUAAACAGAAUCUAGGUGAAAGUGUUAGCCUGUUCUGUGCAUUAAAUGACACAAACUCUAUGAAUGAUGUGUAUUGUAAGUGGACUAUUGUUGUAGUAAAUUACCAAUA